GAAGACAUACACGCCGGAUGACUUCCGUCCUCUUCCUUCCUUUGAAGAGCAGAUGCGAGUGUUGCAAUGGCAAAGCUAAUUCUUCAGGUUGUAACAUAUUUGGUUUUAUUCUUCGCCAUCGAUGCUGUAUUUGAAGAUCAAGUUGGCAAAUUUGAUUGGAGACAACAAUAUGUUGGCAAAGUUCGAUUUGCUCAUUUUGAUGCUCACAUGCAGUCGUCAAAAAAGGUGAUUCUGGGGACAGAAAGCAACGUUUUUGCAGCCAUCAACACCCGAACUGGGGAGCUUUUCUGGAGACACGUGGAUAAGACUGGACUAGAGGGAAACAUUGAUUCUCUUCUGCACCAUGGACAAGAUGCCGUGAUGGUGGUGGGCAACGGGCGCCUUCUGCGCUCCUGGGACAUCAGCGUUGGUGGCUUGAACUGGGAGGUUGUGCUUGAACCUGGAAGUUUCCAAGCGGCGUGUUUCGUUGGACAACAGGACACCGUCAAAAAUGUGGCAGUGUUGAAGAAAAAUCUGAUCUCCCUGCACUACCUCUCCAAUGGUCAUCAAAAGUGGAUUGAAAAUCUUCCAGAUAGUGACACAGUGGAUUACCAGUUUUUAUAUUCUGGUGGCUCUGGGGAGGUGUAUGCUUUGGGAGUUGUGCCUCAUUCCCACGUAGCCGUUGUUGUGUACAGUGUGGAUGAUGGAGAGAUCAUCAGACAGAUGUCAGUGGAGGCACCUUGGCUGUCCAACAUUCAGAGCAGUUGUUCCUCCGUCAGCCAGGGGUUUCUGACGUGUGUUGACUCCACUACGGUGUCUCUGUACACUCUUAAUCUUCAGGCCGGAGGACAGAUGGUUCAGAUUCCCUUGCAGACACUGGGACUUGAGAUCGUUCCAGGUUUCAAACCAGUUCUGGUCUCCACACAACCGACUCCCGGGAGGCCGCCUCUGGCGGAGUUUUUGCUCCAGCUGGGUCCUGAUCAUCACCUGCUCCUUCAGCUUAACAGUGACCAGAUUGUGAUCCUGAGAGAUUUUAAACCAGCCAUGUUGUCAGCAUUUUCCACGACUGGAGAGAAGACAGUUGUUGCUGUCAUGUCCCCAAAGAUUAACAGUAAGUGCUGCAGCUUAUUGAGCUGCGUUUCUAUCUAUAACUCCCCUGACAUGCUGAAGCAUCAUUUCUGUGCAUUUAUUACUGCUUUGCUUCUGCAGGCUUCCACUGUUAACCUCUUCAAUGCUGAGACUGGACGCCGACUGUUGGACACAAGUUUGAUUUUUAGUUUGGAUCCCAAUGGAGGAAAGCCAGAGAAACUGUUUGUGCAGUCAUUCUUGAAGAAAGAUGAUUCUGUAGGCUACAGAGUUUUGGUGCAGACAGAGGACCACUCACUUACUUUUGUCCAACAGCCAGGGCGGUUGUUAUGGUCCAGAGAGGAGGCUCUGUCAGAUGUGGUGACCAUGGAAAUGGUGGAUCUGCCCCUCACUGGAACUCAAGCUGAGCUUGAGGGAGAGUUUGGCAAAAAAGCUGAUGGGCUGAUGUCCAUGGUGCUCAAGAGGCUCUCCUCUCAGCUCAUCCUGCUGCAGGCGUGGAUCUCCCAUCUGUGGAAGCUGUUCUACGACGCGCGUAAACCUCGCAGCCAAGUUAAGAAUGAAGUGACCAUUGAGAAUCUCUCGAGAGACGAGUUCAACUUGCAGAAAAUGAUGGUCAUGGUGACUGCCUCUGGAAAGCUGUUCGGGAUCGACAGCAAGACAGGAAGUAUUUUAUGGAAACACUACCUGAAUAAUAUCCCGAGCAAUGCAGCCUUCAAACUGAUGGUGCAGCGGACCACUGCUCACUUCCCUCACCCGCCUCAGUGCACCCUGCUCAUCAAAGACAAGGAUACCGGUCUGGCCACGCUCCAUGUGUUUAACCCCAUAUUUGGAAAGAGGAGUCACAUCACCCCCCCUGCUCUGCCUCAGCCAAUCCUCCAGUCACUGCUGCUGCCACUCAUGGACCAGGACUAUGCGAAGGUGCUGCUGCUGGUUGAUGACCAGUACAAGGUGUCAGCCUUCCCCUCCACAAAGAAUGUGUUGCAGCAACUUCAAGAAAUGGCUUCUUCGAUUUACUUUUAUCUGGUGGACUCCAGUCUGGGGCGACUUUCAGGCUACCGGCUACGAACAGACCUGUCGACUGAACUUAUUUGGGAGGUGGUCAUCCCCACCGAGGUGCAGAAGAUUGUCUCUGUGAAGGGGAAGCGGCCAAAUGAGCACGUGCAUUCGCAGGGCAGAGUGAUGGGAGACCGCAGUGUCCUUUAUAAGUACCUGAAUCCCAACCUGCUGGCAGUGGUGACUGAAAGCACCGACUCGCAUCAAGAGCGGAGUUUCGUCGGGAUCAUGCUGAUCGACGGCGUCACCGGCCGCAUUAUUCAUGAGGCCGUACAGAGGAAGGCCAAAGGGCCGGUUCACGUGGUGCACUCUGAGAACUGGGUGGUGUACGAGUACUGGAGCACCAAGUCACGCCGGAACGAGUUCUCAGUGAUCGAGCUGUAUGAGGGCAUGGAGCUGUACAACAGCACCGUGUUCAGCUCGCUGGAUCGGCCGCACGCUCCACAGGUGCUGCAGCAGUCGUACAUUUUCCCCUCCUCCAUUUCCACCAUGGAGGCCACUCUGACUGAGAAAGGCAUCACGAGUCGCCAUCUGCUCAUUGGCUUACCAUCUGGAGGAAUCUUGUCUCUGCCCAAAAUGUUCUUGGAUCCCCGGAGGCCUGAGAUCGUCUCUGAGCAGAGCAGGGAAGAGAACCUGAUCCCAUAUGCUCCAGAGCUGAUUAUCCGCACUGAGUGGUUCAUCAACUACAACCAGACUGUUUCCAGAGUGCGGGGGAUCUAUACUGCCCCCUCUGGAUUGGAGUCAACCUGCCUGGUGGUGGCCUACGGUCUCGACAUCUACCAGACCCGGGUCUAUCCAUCGAAGCAGUUCGACGUGCUGAAAGACGAUUAUGACUACAUGCUCAUCAGCAGCGUGCUCCUCGCCCUCUUCUUCGCCACCAUGAUCAGCAAGCGCCUGGCUGAAGUCAAACUGCUCAACCGGGCCUGGCGCUAAAACCCAAUCGUCGGAAUCCAAUCGCCCACAAGGCUGCACUGAAGACCUCGGCUCCGGCGGACUGAAGCCUGAGGUCACACCCAUGUGAGAGAGAGGUCGCAGUUCAACCAGGUCGAACUGUUGAAGGUGGACUGACUUUUGCGAGAGAUUUUAUCUGUUUUGUUUGUAACUUAUUUUGUCAAGCACAAGGAAUUAUUGCAAUUUUUUGUGCCUGUUUGAAUAAAUGAUUAACAUGACUAUUAAAGAAAAUCACUGGAAUGACUUGAAUUGACUUUUAAAUCUUAGACUGUAUGGAUUAGGUUCGGCCCGCCUGCUGAAGCUCUCAUUUUCUUAACAGACAGCAAGACACAGAUGAAUAAUUUGUGGAUCAUAUUUGAUUUAUUUGUGUCAGAUACCAACCAGAUUCUCAGUUCCUGUAAAUGUGAGGAGCUCUCACCACUCGAGCUGCAUUUUAACACGAUUAAAACCUGU